CACACUCUGACAUGUCCUGAGAUCAUGCAGCGUCUCUAGGACCAGGCUCGGUGCUGCUGUCGCGACCCUCUCGGGCCGUCACCUCCAUCGCCACACUUAAUGCUACCACCUGCAGUAACUUCCAAAGUCUAAUGUCUGGAAUCUGGCGCCUCUGGAGGAUGGGGAACAUGAUCCGAGGUGUGAGUCCCAGUAACAAGGAAAACCUUGAAGGCACUCUAAAAGAUUCAGACAGCGACAUGGUGGUGGUGCUGCAGGACUACCCCUCUGCUGAAAUCAGCGAGCCCAUCUACAGGAUAGGGCAGAAGCUCCAAGUCAUUGCACAGGAGGCUUAUUGGUGGAAGGUUCGCUCUCUUCAGACGGGGAAGGAGAACUACAUCCCCAACAACCACGUGGCAAAAGUUUACCAUGGGUGGCUGUUUGAAGGAGUGGGGAGGCAAAAGGCCGAAGAGCUGCUCCUCCUACCUGGGAACAGAGCGGGAUCGUUUCUGGUGCGGGAAAGCGGUGCAGAAAGAGGUCAGUAUUCACUUUCAGUGAAGCACAGGAUCAUAAAGCACUAUCGUAUCUUCAGACUGGACAACAGCUGGUACUACAUUUCUCCUGGCCUCACUUUCCAGUGCCUUGAAGAUUUGGUCAACCAUUACUCUGACUCUGCAGAUGGGCUGUGCUGUAUGCUAACGUGUCCCUGUCUAUCGGGCACACCCGAGCCAUCGGAUGGAAGUUCAGAACCUCCACCUGUAGUUAUGCGGCGCAACUUUGACUGGAGGAAAGUAGACAGGAAACAGCUGGUCAGCACAGACAGCCACAAUGAGAACAUUGUGAGCUACGGAGUCAGAAACAGCAUCGCAGCCUACCUGUCCUUCUCUGGACAUGAAGACUCUACGAAGGAGCAUGGUGGGCAGGAGCGCAGGAAGAAAAAGAGUAGAUCUCUGUAUUUGUUCUCCCGUGCAAACGCCGAGUAUGACGACACCUUGUAGAGACAGCAGGGGGAGUCCAGAAGACUGGAUGAGGCUCAAGCGGAGGCCCGCGGAGGGAGACUUUCCUAGAAAUUCUCCACAUGUCCCAACCUUGACUGUUGCUGCACUGACACACACCGAUCACAGUAUCUUAAAGGGGACCUAUUAUGAAAAACAUGUUUUUUCUUGCUUUAACAUGUAUAAAGUGGUCUCCCCUCAGCCUGCCAACUCAGAGAAGGAGGAAAGCAACUAAAUUCUGCAGUGUCUGUACAGCCGCCCGGAUGAUCCAUCCAGUGUG